AUGGCUCAGACUUUGGCGCAAAUCCGUGAAUGGAAUGCGGCUCUGAAGUCCGCAAAGCCGGAAAUAGUGGCCCUUUUUGUCGGAGGUACCAGUGGCAUCGGAAAACACACUGCCAUCAAAUUGGCCGGCGCGGUUAUGAAACCCACUAUUUAUAUUGUCGGUCGCAACGAAGCUGCUGGCGCUCAAGUCGUCGCAGCGAUGGAAAAGGCCAACCCGAAUGGUUCUUAUGGAUUCAAGGCUGUCGACGUUUCCAACCUUCGCAACGUGGACAAAGCUUGCGAGGAACUGAAAACUCGAUUUGAAGGUCUGGACCUCUUGUUUCUCUCUGCUGGAGCUCUUGCAUUCAGCAAAAAUGAGACGGCUGCGGGGAUCGAUGCCAACCACAUGCUACGAUACUACUCGCGCAUGAGAUUCAUCGAGAAUCUCCUGCCUGCCCUCGAAGCCACAAAAAGUCCUCGCGUAAUCAGCAUUCUGGCUGGUGGUAAAGAAAUCAUGAUUGAGGAAGACAACUUGGACCUAACAAAGAAAUUUUCCCUUUCUGCCAGCACUGGCUACCCGGCAUCCAUGAACUCGCUGGCAUUCGAGGUUCUCGCGUCGCAACACCCAUCUGUCAGCUUUCUUCACGUGUUCCCGGGUAUUGUGGCCACACCGCUCUUGAAAAACAGCAUGGGAUCUGUGGCGGGUACAAUCCUUGGGUUCUUGUCGAAGCCCAUCUCGAUUUCGGCCGAGGAGAGUGGAGAAUGGCAGACAUGGCUAUCGACUUCGCCUAACUUUGCCCCCAAGAACUCCGGCCAGGGUGCCUAUAUCCUUAAUUACGACGGCAAGGACGCGACAAAUCAAUCUCUGAUGACUCAACUCCGAGAGAAGGGAUUCCCUGAGAUCGUUUGGAAGCAUACGCAGGAUACCUUCAAUCGAAUUCUUGCAUAA